AUGCUCUGCCUGCUUCUCACCCCUGGCCUGGCGUACAUCAUCAUGCUCUGCCUGCUUCUCACCCCUGGCCUGGCGUACAUCAUCAUGCUCUGCCUGCUUCUCACCCCUGGCCUGGCGUACAUCAUCAUGCUCUGCCUGCUUCUCACCCCUGGCCUGGCGUACAUCAUCAUGCUCUGCCUGCUUCUCACCCCUGGCCUGGCGUACAUCAUCAUGCUCUGCCUGCUUCUCACCCCUGGCCUGGCGUACAUCAUCAUGCUCUGCCUGCUUCUCACCCCUGGCCUGGCGUACAUCAUCAUGCUCUGCCUGCUUCUCACCCCUGGCCUGGCGUACAUCAUCAUGCUCUGCCUGCUUCUCACCCCUGGCCUGGCGUACAUCAUCAUGCUCUGCCUGCUUCUCACCCCUGGCCUGGCGUACAUCAUCAUGCUCUGCCUGCUUCUCACCCCUGGCCUGGCGUACAUCAUCAUGCUCUGCCUGCUUCUCACCCCUGGCCUGGCGUACAUCAUCAUGCUCUGCGUGCUUCUCACCCCUGGCCUGGCGUACAUCAUCAUGCUCUGCGUGCUUCUCACCCCUGGCCUGGCGUACAUCAUCAUGCUCUGCCUGCUUCUCACCCCUGGCCUGGCGUACAUCAUCAUGCUCUGCCUGCUUCUCACCCCUGGCCUGGCGUACAUCAUCAUGCUCUGCCUGCUUCUCACCCCUGGCCUGGCGUACAUCAUCAUGCUCUGCGUGCUUCUCACCCCUGGCCUGGCGUACAUCAUCAUGCUCUGCGUGCUUCUCACCCCUGGCCUGGCGUACAUCAUCAUGCUCUGCGUGCUUCUCACCCCUGGCCUGGCGUACAUCAUCAUGCUCUGCGUGCUUCUCACCCCUGGCCUGGCGUACAUCAUCAUGCUCUGCGUGCUUCUCACCCCUGGCCUGGCGUACAUCAUCAUGCUCUGCCUGCUUCUCACCCCUGGCCUGGCGUACAUCAUCAUGCUCUGCCUGCUUCUCACCCCUGGCCUGGCGUACAUCAUCAUGCUCUGCGUGCUUCUCACCCCUGGCCUGGCGUACAUCAUCAUGCUCUGCCUGCUUCUCACCCCUGGCCUGGCGUACAUCAUCAUGCUCUGCCUGCUUCUCACCCCUGGCCUGGCGUACAUCAUCAUGCUCUGCGUGCUUCUCACCCCUGGCCUGGCGUACAUCAUCAUGCUCUGCGUGCUUCUCACCCCUGGCCUGGCGUACAUCAUCAUGCUCUGCCUGCUUCUCACCCCUGGCCUGGCGUACAUCAUCAUGCUCUGCGUGCUUCUCACCCCUGGCCUGGCGUACAUCAUCAUGCUCUGCCUGCUUCUCACCCCUGGCCUGGCGUACAUCAUCAUGCUCUGCCUGCUUCUCACCCCUGGCCUGGCGUACAUCAUCAUGCUCUGCCUGCUUCUCACCCCUGGCCUGGCGUACAUCAUCAUGCUCUGCCUGCUUCUCACCCCUGGCCUGGCGUACAUCAUCAUGCUCUGCGUGCUUCUCACCCCUGGCCUGGCGUACAUCAUCAUGCUCUGCCUGCUUCUCACCCCUGGCCUGGCGUACAUCAUCAUGCUCUGCCUGCUUCUCACCCCUGGCCUGGCGUACAUCAUCAUGCUCUGCGUGCUUCUCACCCCUGGCCUGGCGUACAUCAUCAUGCUCUGCCUGCUUCUCACCCCUGGCCUGGCGUACAUCAUCAUGCUCUGCCUGCUUCUCACCCCUGGCCUGGCGUACAUCAUCAUGCUCUGCCUGCUUCUCACCCCUGGCCUGGCGUACAUCAUCAUGCUCUGCCUGCUUCUCACCCCUGGCCUGGCGUACAUCAUCAUGCUCUGCCUGCUUCUCACCCCUGGCCUGGCGUACAUCAUCAUGCUCUGCCUGCUUCUCACCCCUGGCCUGGCGUACAUCAUCAUGCUCUGCGUGCUUCUCACCCCUGGCCUGGCGUACAUCAUCAUGCUCUGCCUGCUUCUCACCCCUGGCCUGGCGUACAUCAUCAUGCUCUGCGUGCUUCUCACCCCUGGCCUGGCGUACAUCAUCAUGCUCUGCCUGCUUCUCACCCCUGGCCUGGCGUACAUCAUCAUGCUCUGCCUGCUUCUCACCCCUGGCCUGGCGUACAUCAUCAUGCUCUGCCUGCUUCUCACCCCUGGCCUGGCGUACAUCAUCAUGCUCUGCCUGCUUCUCACCCCUGGCCUGGCGUACAUCAUCAUGCUCUGCCUGCUUCUCACCCCUGGCCUGGCGUACAUCAUCAUGCUCUGCGUGCUUCUCACCCCUGGCCUGGCGUACAUCAUCAUGCUCUGCGUGCUUCUCACCCCUGGCCUGGCGUACAUCAUCAUGCUCUGCCUGCUUCUCACCCCUGGCCUGGCGUACAUCAUCAUGCUCUGCCUGCUUCUCACCCCUGGCCUGGCGUACAUCAUCAUGCUCUGCCUGCUUCUCACCCCUGGCCUGGCGUACAUCAUCAUGCUCUGCCUGCUUCUCACCCCUGGCCUGGCGUACAUCAUCAUGCUCUGCCUGCUUCUCACCCCUGGCCUGGCGUACAUCAUCAUGCUCUGCCUGCUUCUCACCCCUGGCCUGGCGUACAUCAUCAUGCUCUGCCUGCUUCUCACCCCUGGCCUGGCGUACAUCAUCAUGCUCUGCCUGCUUCUCACCCCUGGCCUGGCGUACAUCAUCAUGCUCUGCCUGCUUCUCACCCCUGGCCUGGCGUACAUCAUCAUGCUCUGCCUGCUUCUCACCCCUGGCCUGGCGUACAUCAUCAUGCUCUGCCUGCUUCUCACCCCUGGCCUGGCGUACAUCAUCAUGCUCUGCCUGCUUCUCACCCCUGGCCUGGCGUACAUCAUCAUGCUCUGCCUGCUUCUCACCCCUGGCCUGGCGUACAUCAUCAUGCUCUGCCUGCUUCUCACCCCUGGCCUGGCGUACAUCAUCAUGCUCUGCCUGCUUCUCACCCCUGGCCUGGCGUACAUCAUCAUGCUCUGCCUGCUUCUCACCCCUGGCCUGGCGUACAUCAUCAUGCUCUGCCUGCUUCUCACCCCUGGCCUGGCGUACAUCAUCAUGCUCUGCGUGCUUCUCACCCCUGGCCUGGCGUACAUCAUCAUGCUCUGCCUGCUUCUCACCCCUGGCCUGGCGUACAUCAUCAUGCUCUGCCUGCUUCUCACCCCUGGCCUGGCGUACAUCAUCAUGCUCUGCCUGCUUCUCACCCCUGGCCUGGCGUACAUCAUCAUGCUCUGCCUGCUUCUCACCCCUGGCCUGGCGUACAUCAUCAUGCUCUGCCUGCUUCUCACCCCUGGCCUGGCGUACAUCAUCAUGCUCUGCCUGCUUCUCACCCCUGGCCUGGCGUACAUCAUCAUGCUCUGCCUGCUUCUCACCCCUGGCCUGGCGUACAUCAUCAUGCUCUGCCUGCUUCUCACCCCUGGCCUGGCGUACAUCAUCAUGCUCUGCCUGCUUCUCACCCCUGGCCUGGCGUACAUCAUCAUGCUCUGCCUGCUUCUCACCCCUGGCCUGGCGUACAUCAUCAUGCUCUGCGUGCUUCUCACCCCUGGCCUGGCGUACAUCAUCAUGCUCUGCCUGCUUCUCACCCCUGGCCUGGCGUACAUCAUCAUGCUCUGCCUGCUUCUCACCCCUGGCCUGGCGUACAUCAUCAUGCUCUGCGUGCUUCUCACCCCUGGCCUGGCGUACAUCAUCAUGCUCUGCGUGCUUCUCACCCCUGGCCUGGCGUACAUCAUCAUGCUCUGCGUGCUUCUCACCCCUGGCCUGGCGUACAUCAUCAUGCUCUGCGUGCUUCUCACCCCUGGCCUGGCGUACAUCAUCAUGCUCUGCCUGCUUCUCACCCCUGGCCUGGCGUACAUCAUCAUGCUCUGCCUGCUUCUCACCCCUGGCCUGGCGUACAUCAUCAUGCUCUGCCUGCUUCUCACCCCUGGCCUGGCGUACAUCAUCAUGCUCUGCCUGCUUCUCACCCCUGGCCUGGCGUACAUCAUCAUGCUCUGCCUGCUUCUCACCCCUGGCCUGGCGUACAUCAUCAUGCUCUGCCUGCUUCUCACCCCUGGCCUGGCGUACAUCAUCAUGCUCUGCCUGCUUCUCACCCCUGGCCUGGCGUACAUCAUCAUGCUCUGCCUGCUUCUCACCCCUGGCCUGGCGUACAUCAUCAUGCUCUGCCUGCUUCUCACCCCUGGCCUGGCGUACAUCAUCAUGCUCUGCCUGCUUCUCACCCCUGGCCUGGCGUACAUCAUCAUGCUCUGCCUGCUUCUCACCCCUGGCCUGGCGUACAUCAUCAUGCUCUGCCUGCUUCUCACCCCUGGCCUGGCGUACAUCAUCAUGCUCUGCCUGCUUCUCACCCCUGGCCUGGCGUACAUCAUCAUGCUCUGCCUGCUUCUCACCCCUGGCCUGGCGUACAUCAUCAUGCUCUGCCUGCUUCUCACCCCUGGCCUGGCGUACAUCAUCAUGCUCUGCCUGCUUCUCACCCCUGGCCUGGCGUACAUCAUCAUGCUCUGCCUGCUUCUCACCCCUGGCCUGGCGUACAUCAUCAUGCUCUGCCUGCUUCUCACCCCUGGCCUGGCGUACAUCAUCAUGCUCUGCCUGCUUCUCACCCCUGGCCUGGCGUACAUCAUCAUGCUCUGCGUGCUUCUCACCCCUGGCCUGGCGUACAUCAUCAUGCUCUGCCUGCUUCUCACCCCUGGCCUGGCGUACAUCAUCAUGCUCUGCGUGCUUCUCACCCCUGGCCUGGCGUACAUCAUCAUGCUCUGCCUGCUUCUCACCCCUGGCCUGGCGUACAUCAUCAUGCUCUGCCUGCUUCUCACCCCUGGCCUGGCGUACAUCAUCAUGCUCUGCCUGCUUCUCACCCCUGGCCUGGCGUACAUCAUCAUGCUCUGCCUGCUUCUCACCCCUGGCCUGGCGUACAUCAUCAUGCUCUGCGUGCUUCUCACCCCUGGCCUGGCGUACAUCAUCAUGCUCUGCGUGCUUCUCACCCCUGGCCUGGCGUACAUCAUCAUGCUCUGCCUGCUUCUCACCCCUGGCCUGGCGUACAUCAUCAUGCUCUGCGUGCUUCUCACCCCUGGCCUGGCGUACAUCAUCAUGCUCUGCCUGCUUCUCACCCCUGGCCUGGCGUACAUCAUCAUGCUCUGCGUGCUUCUCACCCCUGGCCUGGCGUACAUCAUCAUGCUCUGCCUGCUUCUCACCCCUGGCCUGGCGUACAUCAUCAUGCUCUGCCUGCUUCUCACCCCUGGCCUGGCGUACAUCAUCAUGCUCUGCCUGCUUCUCACCCCUGGCCUGGCGUACAUCAUCAUGCUCUGCCUGCUUCUCACCCCUGGCCUGGCGUACAUCAUCAUGCUCUGCCUGCUUCUCACCCCUGGCCUGGCGUACAUCAUCAUGCUCUGCCUGCUUCUCACCCCUGGCCUGGCGUACAUCAUCAUGCUCUGCCUGCUUCUCACCCCUGGCCUGGCGUACAUCAUCAUGCUCUGCCUGCUUCUCACCCCUGGCCUGGCGUACAUCAUCAUGCUCUGCGUGCUUCUCACCCCUGGCCUGGCGUACAUCAUCAUGCUCUGCGUGCUUCUCACCCCUGGCCUGGCGUACAUCAUCAUGCUCUGCGUGCUUCUCACCCCUGGCCUGGCGUACAUCAUCAUGCUCUGCGUGCUUCUCACCCCUGGCCUGGCGUACAUCAUCAUGCUCUGCGUGCUUCUCACCCCUGGCCUGGCGUACAUCAUCAUGCUCUGCCUGCUUCUCACCCCUGGCCUGGCGUACAUCAUCAUGCUCUGCGUGCUUCUCACCCCUGGCCUGGCGUACAUCAUCAUGCUCUGCCUGCUUCUCACCCCUGGCCUGGCGUACAUCAUCAUGCUCUGCGUGCUUCUCACCCCUGGCCUGGCGUACAUCAUCAUGCUCUGCCUGCUUCUCACCCCUGGCCUGGCGUACAUCAUCAUGCUCUGCCUGCUUCUCACCCCUGGCCUGGCGUACAUCAUCAUGCUCUGCCUGCUUCUCACCCCUGGCCUGGCGUACAUCAUCAUGCUCUGCCUGCUUCUCACCCCUGGCCUGGCGUACAUCAUCAUGCUCUGCCUGCUUCUCACCCCUGGCCUGGCGUACAUCAUCAUGCUCUGCGUGCUUCUCACCCCUGGCCUGGCGUACAUCAUCAUGCUCUGCGUGCUUCUCACCCCUGGCCUGGCGUACAUCAUCAUGCUCUGCCUGCUUCUCACCCCUGGCCUGGCGUACAUCAUCAUGCUCUGCCUGCUUCUCACCCCUGGCCUGGCGUACAUCAUCAUGCUCUGCCUGCUUCUCACCCCUGGCCUGGCGUACAUCAUCAUGCUCUGCCUGCUUCUCACCCCUGGCCUGGCGUACAUCAUCAUGCUCUGCCUGCUUCUCACCCCUGGCCUGGCGUACAUCAUCAUGCUCUGCCUGCUUCUCACCCCUGGCCUGGCGUACAUCAUCAUGCUCUGCCUGCUUCUCACCCCUGGCCUGGCGUACAUCAUCAUGCUCUGCCUGCUUCUCACCCCUGGCCUGGCGUACAUCAUCAUGCUCUGCCUGCUUCUCACCCCUGGCCUGGCGUACAUCAUCAUGCUCUGCGUGCUUCUCACCCCUGGCCUGGCGUACAUCAUCAUGCUCUGCGUGCUUCUCACCCCUGGCCUGGCGUACAUCAUCAUGCUCUGCGUGCUUCUCACCCCUGGCCUGGCGUACAUCAUCAUGCUCUGCCUGCUUCUCACCCCUGGCCUGGCGUACAUCAUCAUGCUCUGCCUGCUUCUCACCCCUGGCCUGGCGUACAUCAUCAUGCUCUGCCUGCUUCUCACCCCUGGCCUGGCGUACAUCAUCAUGCUCUGCCUGCUUCUCACCCCUGGCCUGGCGUACAUCAUCAUGCUCUGCGUGCUUCUCACCCCUGGCCUGGCGUACAUCAUCAUGCUCUGCGUGCUUCUCACCCCUGGCCUGGCGUACAUCAUCAUGCUCUGCCUGCUUCUCACCCCUGGCCUGGCGUACAUCAUCAUGCUCUGCCUGCUUCUCACCCCUGGCCUGGCGUACAUCAUCAUGCUCUGCCUGCUUCUCACCCCUGGCCUGGCGUACAUCAUCAUGCUCUGCCUGCUUCUCACCCCUGGCCUGGCGUACAUCAUCAUGCUCUGCGUGCUUCUCACCCCUGGCCUGGCGUACAUCAUCAUGCUCUGCCUGCUUCUCACCCCUGGCCUGGCGUACAUCAUCAUGCUCUGCGUGCUUCUCACCCCUGGCCUGGCGUACAUCAUCAUGCUCUGCGUGCUUCUCACCCCUGGCCUGGCGUACAUCAUCAUGCUCUGCGUGCUUCUCACCCCUGGCCUGGCGUACAUCAUCAUGCUCUGCGUGCUUCUCACCCCUGGCCUGGCGUACAUCAUCAUGCUCUGCGUGCUUCUCACCCCUGGCCUGGCGUACAUCAUCAUGCUCUGCGUGCUUCUCACCCCUGGCCUGGCGUACAUCAUCAUGCUCUGCGUGCUUCUCACCCCUGGCCUGGCGUACAUCAUCAUGCUCUGCGUGCUUCUCACCCCUGGCCUGGCGUACAUCAUCAUGCUCUGCCUGCUUCUCACCCCUGGCCUGGCGUACAUCAUCAUGCUCUGCGUGCUUCUCACCCCUGGCCUGGCGUACAUUAUCAUGCUCUGCCUGCUUCUCACCCCUGGCCUGGCGUACAUCAUCAUGCUCUGCGUGCUUCUCACCCCUGGCCUGGCGUACAUCAUCAUGCUCUGCCUGCUUCUCACCCCUGGCCUGGCGUACAUCAUCAUGCUCUGCCUGCUUCUCACCCCUGGCCUGGCGUACAUCAUCAUGCUCUGCCUGCUUCUCACCCCUGGCCUGGCGUACAUCAUCAUGCUCUGCCUGCUUCUCACCCCUGGCCUGGCGUACAUCAUCAUGCUCUGCGUGCUUCUCACCCCUGGCCUGGCGUACAUCAUCAUGCUCUGCGUGCUUCUCACCCCUGGCCUGGCGUACAUCAUCAUGCUCUGCCUGCUUCUCACCCCUGGCCUGGCGUACAUCAUCAUGCUCUGCCUGCUUCUCACCCCUGGCCUGGCGUACAUCAUCAUGCUCUGCCUGCUUCUCACCCCUGGCCUGGCGUACAUCAUCAUGCUCUGCCUGCUUCUCACCCCUGGCCUGGCGUACAUCAUCAUGCUCUGCCUGCUUCUCACCCCUGGCCAGGCGUACAUCAUCAUGCUCUGCCUGCUUCUCACCCCUGGCCUGGCGUACAUCAUCAUGCUCUGCCUGCUUCUCACCCCUGGCCUGGCGUACAUCAUCAUGCUCUGCCUGCUUCUCACCCCUGGCCUGGCGUACAUCAUCAUGCUCUGCCUGCUUCUCACCCCUGGCCUGGCGUACAUCAUCAUGCUCUGCGUGCUUCUCACCCCUGGCCUGGCGUACAUCAUCAUGCUCUGCGUGCUUCUCACCCCUGGCCUGGCGUACAUCAUCAUGCUCUGCGUGCUUCUCACCCCUGGCCUGGCGUACAUCAUCAUGCUCUGCCUGCUUCUCACCCCUGGCCUGGCGUACAUCAUCAUGCUCUGCCUGCUUCUCACCCCUGGCCUGGCGUACAUCAUCAUGCUCUGCCUGCUUCUCACCCCUGGCCUGGCGUACAUCAUCAUGCUCUGCCUGCUUCUCACCCCUGGCCUGGCGUACAUCAUCAUGCUCUGCGUGCUUCUCACCCCUGGCCUGGCGUACAUCAUCAUGCUCUGCCUGCUUCUCACCCCUUGCCUGGCGUACAUCAUCAUGCUCUGCGUGCUUCUCACCCCUGGCCUGGCGUACAUCAUCAUGCUCUGCCUGCUUCUCACCCCUGGCCUGGCGUACAUCAUCAUGCUCUGCGUGCUUCUCACCCCUGGCCUGGCGUACAUCAUCAUGCUCUGCCUGCUUCUCACCCCUGGCCUGGCGUACAUCAUCAUGCUCUGCCUGCUUCUCACCCCUGGCCUGGCGUACAUCAUCAUGCUCUGCCUGCUUCUCACCCCUGGCCUGGCGUACAUCAUCAUGCUCUGCCUGCUUCUCACCCCUGGCCUGGCGUACAUCAUCAUGCUCUGCGUGCUUCUCACCCCUGGCCUGGCGUACAUCAUCAUGCUCUGCGUGCUUCUCACCCCUGGCCUGGCGUACAUCAUCAUGCUCUGCCUGCUUCUCACCCCUGGCCUGGCGUACAUCAUCAUGCUCUGCCUGCUUCUCACCCCUGGCCUGGCGUACAUCAUCAUGCUCUGCCUGCUUCUCACCCCUGGCCUGGCGUACAUCAUCAUGCUCUGCCUGCUUCUCACCCCUGGCCUGGCGUACAUCAUCAUGCUCUGCCUGCUUCUCACCCCUGGCCUGGCGUACAUCAUCAUGCUCUGCCUGCUUCUCACCCCUGGCCUGGCGUACAUCAUCAUGCUCUGCCUGCUUCUCACCCCUGGCCUGGCGUACAUCAUCAUGCUCUGCCUGCUUCUCACCCCUGGCCUGGCGUACAUCAUCAUGCUCUGCCUGCUUCUCACCCCUGGCCUGGCGUACAUCAUCAUGCUCUGCCUGCUUCUCACCCCUGGCCUGGCGUACAUCAUCAUGCUCUGCCUGCUUCUCACCCCUGGCCUGGCGUACAUCAUCAUGCUCUGCGUGCUUCUCACCCCUGGCCUGGCGUACAUCAUCAUGCUCUGCGUGCUUCUCACCCCUGGCCUGGCGUACAUCAUCAUGCUCUGCCUGCUUCUCACCCCUGGCCUGGCGUACAUCAUCAUGCUCUGCCUGCUUCUCACCCCUGGCCUGGCGUACAUCAUCAUGCUCUGCCUGCUUCUCACCCCUGGCCUGGCGUACAUCAUCAUGCUCUGCCUGCUUCUCACCCCUGGCCUGGCGUACAUCAUCAUGCUCUGCCUGCUUCUCACCCCUGGCCUGGCGUACAUCAUCAUGCUCUGCCUGCUUCUCACCCCUGGCCUGGCGUACAUCAUCAUGCUCUGCCUGCUUCUCACCCCUGGCCUGGCGUACAUCAUCAUGCUCUGCCUGCUUCUCACCCCUGGCCUGGCGUACAUCAUCAUGCUCUGCCUGCUUCUCACCCCUGGCCUGGCGUACAUCAUCAUGCUCUGCCUGCUUCUCACCCCUGGCCUGGCGUACAUCAUCAUGCUCUGCCUGCUUCUCACCCCUGGCCUGGCGUACAUCAUCAUGCUCUGCGUGCUUCUCACCCCUGGCCUGGCGUACAUCAUCAUGCUCUGCGUGCUUCUCACCCCUGGCCUGGCGUACAUCAUCAUGCUCUGCGUGCUUCUCACCCCUGGCCUGGCGUACAUCAUCAUGCUCUGCCUGCUUCUCACCCCUGGCCUGGCGUACAUCAUCAUGCUCUGCCUGCUUCUCACCCCUGGCCUGGCGUACAUCAUCAUGCUCUGCCUGCUUCUCACCCCUGGCCUGGCGUACAUCAUCAUGCUCUGCCUGCUUCUCACCCCUGGCCUGGCGUACAUCAUCAUGCUCUGCCUGCUUCUCACCCCUGGCCUGGCGUACAUCAUCAUGCUCUGCGUGCUUCUCACCCCUGGCCUGGCGUACAUCAUCAUGCUCUGCCUGCUUCUCACCCCUGGCCUGGCGUACAUCAUCAUGCUCUGCCUGCUUCUCAUCCCUGGCCUGGCGUACAUCAUCAUGCUCUGCCUGCUUCUCACCCCUUGCCUGGCGUACAUCAUCAUGCUCUGCGUGCUUCUCACCCCUGGCCUGGCGUACAUCAUCAUGCUCUGCGUGCUUCUCACCCCUGGCCUGGCGUACAUCAUCAUGCUCUGCCUGCUUCUCACCCCUGGCCUGGCGUACAUCAUCAUGCUCUGCGUGCUUCUCACCCCUGGCCUGGCGUACAUCAUCAUGCUCUGCCUGCUUCUCACCCCUGGCCUGGCGUACAUCAGCAUGCUCUGCCUGCUUCUCACCCCUGGCCUGGCGUACAUCAUCAUGCUCUGCCUACUUCUCACCCCUGGCCUGGCGUACAUCAUCAUGCUCUGCCUGCUUCUCACCCCUUGCCUGGCGUACAUCAUCAUGCUCUGCGUGCUUCUCACCCCUGGCCUGGCGUACAUCAUCAUGCUCUGCCUGCUUCUCACCCCUGGCCUGGCGUACAUCAUCAUGCUCUGCCUGCUUCUCACCCCUGGCCUGGCGUACAUCAUCAUGCUCUGCGUGCUUCUCACCCCUGGCCUGGCGUACAUCAUCAUGCUCUGCCUGCUUCUCACCCCUGGCCUGGCGUACAUCAUCAUGCUCUGCCUGCUUCUCACCCCUGGCCUGGCGUACAUCAUCAUGCUCUGCCUGCUUCUCACCCCUGGCCUGGCGUACAUCAUCAUGCUCUGCCUGCUUCUCACCCCUGGCCUGGCGUACAUCAUCAUGCUCUGCGUGCUUCUCACCCCUGGCCUGGCGUACAUCAUCAUGCUCUGCCUGCUUCUCACCCCUGGCCUGGCGUACAUCAUCAUGCUCUGCCUGCUUCUCACCCCUGGCCUGGCGUACAUCAUCAUGCUCUGCGUGCUUCUCACCCCUGGCCUGGCGUACAUCAUCAUGCUCUGCCUGCUUCUCACCCCUGGCCUGGCGUACAUCAUCAUGCUCUGCCUGCUUCUCACCCCUGGCCUGGCGUACAUCAUCAUGCUCUGCGUGCUUCUCACCCCUGGCCUGGCGUACAUCAUCAUGCUCUGCGUGCUUCUCACCCCUGGCCUGGCGUACAUCAUCAUGCUCUGCGUGCUUCUCACCCCUGGCCUGGCGUACAUCAUCAUGCUCUGCGUGCUUCUCACCCCUGGCCUGGCGUACAUCAUCAUGCUCUGCCUGCUUCUCACCCCUGGCCUGGCGUACAUCAUCAUGCUCUGCGUGCUUCUCACCCCUGGCCUGGCGUACAUCAUCAUGCUCUGCCUGCUUCUCACCCCUGGCCUGGCGUACAUCAGCAUGCUCUGCCUGCUUCUCACCCCUGGCCUGGCGUACGUCAUCAUGCUCUGCCUGCUUCUCACCCCUGGCCUGGCGUACAUCAUCAUGCUCUGCCUGCUUCUCACCCCUCGCCUGGCGUACAUCAUCAUGCUCUGCCUGCUUCUCACCCCUGGCCUGGCGUACAUCAUCAUGCUCUGCCUGCUUCUCACCCCUGGCCUGGCGUACAUCAUCAUGCUCUGCCUGCUUCUCACCCCUGGCCUGGCGUACAUCAUCAUGCUCUGCCUGCUUCUCACCCCUGGCCUGGCGUACAUCAUCAUGCUCUGCGUGCUUCUCACCCCUGGCCUGGCGUACAUCAUCAUGCUCUGCGUGCUUCUCACCCCUGGCCUGGCGUACAUCAUCAUGCUCUGCGUGCUUCUCACCCCUGGCCUGGCGUACAUCAUCAUGCUCUGCGUGCUUCUCACCCCUGGCCUGGCGUACAUCAUCAUGCUCUGCGUGCUUCUCACCCCUGGCCUGGCGUACAUCAUCAUGCUCUGCCUGCUUCUCACCCCUGGCCUGGCGUACAUCAUCAUGCUCUGCCUGCUUCUCACCCCUGGCCUGGCGUACAUCAUCAUGCUCUGCCUGCUUCUCACCCCUGGCCUGGCGUACAUCAUCAUGCUCUGCCUGCUUCUCACCCCUGGCCUGGCGUACAUCAUCAUGCUCUGCGUGCUUCUCACCCCUGGCCUGGCGUACAUCAUCAUGCUCUGCGUGCUUCUCACCCCUGGCCUGGCGUACAUCAUCAUGCUCUGCCUGCUUCUCACCCCUGGCCUGGCGUACAUCAUCAUGCUCUGCCUGCUUCUCACCCCUGGCCUGGCGUACAUCAUCAUGCUCUGCCUGCUUCUCACCCCUGGCCUGGCGUACAUCAUCAUGCUCUGCCUGCUUCUCACCCCUGGCCUGGCGUACAUCAUCAUGCUCUGCGUGCUUCUCACCCCUGGCCUGGCGUACAUCAUCAUGCUCUGCGUGCUUCUCACCCCUGGCCUGGCGUACAUCAUCAUGCUCUGCCUGCUUCUCACCCCUGGCCUGGCGUACAUCAUCAUGCUCUGCCUGCUUCUCACCCCUGGCCUGGCGUACAUCAUCAUGCUCUGCGUGCUUCUCACCCCUGGCCUGGCGCACAUCAUCAUGCUCUGCGUGCUUCUCACCCCUGGCCUGGCGCACAUCAUCAUGCUCUGCCUGCUUCUCACCCCUGGCCUGGCGCACAUCAUCAUGCUCUGCCUGCUUCUCACCCCUGGCCUGGCGUACAUCAUCAUGCUCUGCGUGCUUCUCACCCCUGGCCUGGCGUACAUCAUCAUGCUCUGCGUGCUUCUCACCCCUGGCCUGGCGUACAUCAUCAUGCUCUGCGUGCUUCUCACCCCUGGCCUGGCGUACAUCAUCAUGCUCUGCCUGCUUCUCACCCCUGGCCUGGUGUACAUCAUCAUGCUCUGCGUGCUUCUCACCCCUGGCCUGGCGUACAUCAUCAUGCUCUGCGUGCUUCUCACCCCUGGCCUGGCGUACAUCAUCAUGCUCUGCGUGCUUCUCACCCCUGGCCUGGCGCACAUCAUCAUGCUCUGCGUGCUUCUCACCCCUGGCCUGGCGCACAUCAUCAUGCUCUGCCUGCUUCUCACCCCUGGCCUGGCGUACAUCAUCAUGCUCUGCCUGCUUCUCACCCCUGGCCUGGCGUACAUCAUCAUGCUCUGCGUGCUUCUCACCCCUGGCCUGGCGUACAUCAUCAUGCUCUGCCUGCUUCUCACCCCUGGCCUGGCGUACAUCAUCAUGCUCUGCGUGCUUCUCACCCCUGGCCUGGCGUACAUCAUCAUGCUCUGCCUGCUUCUCACCCCUGGCCUGGCGUACAUCAUCAUGCUCUGCCUGCUUCUCACCCCUGGCCUGGCGUACAUCAUCAUGCUCUGCGUGCUUCUCACCCCUGGCCUGGCGUACAUCAUCAUGCUCUGCGUGCUUCUCACCCCUGGCCUGGCGUACAUCAUCAUGCUCUGCGUGCUUCUCACCCCUGGCCUGGCGUACAUCAUCAUGCUCUGCGUGCUUCUCACCCCUGGCCUGGCGUACAUCAUCAUGCUCUGCGUGCUUCUCACCCCUGGCCUGGCGUACAUCAUCAUGCUCUGCGUGCUUCUCACCCCUGGCCUGGCGUACAUCAUCAUGCUCUGCGUGCUUCUCACCCCUGGCCUGGCGUACAUCAUCAUGCUCUGCCUGCUUCUCACCCCUGGCCUGGCGUACAUCAUCAUGCUCUGCCUGCUUCUCACCCCUGGCCUGGCGUACAUCAUCAUGCUCUGCCUGCUUCUCACCCCUGGCCUGGCGUACAUCAUCAUGCUCUGCCUGCUUCUCACCCCUGGCCUGGCGUACAUCAUCAUGCUCUGCGUGCUUCUCACCCCUGGCCUGGCGUACAUCAUCAUGCUCUGCCUGCUUCUCACCCCUGGCCUGGCGUACAUCAUCAUGCUCUGCCUGCUUCUCACCCCUGGCCUGGCGUACAUCAUCAUGCUCUGCCUGCUUCUCACCCCUGGCCUGGCGUACAUCAUCAUGCUCUGCGUGCUUCUCACCCCUGGCCUGGCGUACAUCAUCAUGCUCUGCCUGCUUCUCACCCCUGGCCUGGCGUACAUCAUCAUGCUCUGCGUGCCUCUCAAUCUUUCUUGCAACAAUCUCACCCUGAUCUCUCUCCCUCCUCCCUCCGCACCUUUCGUCCCCCUCAUCCCCCAUCCUUCAAUCCCUUUCACCCCCCCUGAUCCGCCUCUCCAUUCCCCAUGCAUCCCCCUUUCAUCUCCUCCUUUCCUUCCCCAGCAGCGUUCUUCCCGGCAACAAUCUCACCGGCUCGCUCGCUCCUCUCGUUGGCUUGAAGCGCCUGCAGCACCUGUGAAACACCCCAUUGCCCCCCGCCUGAACCCCCCUCCCUCCUGCAGCAACGGCAUUCACAAUCGCUUCUCGGGCAGCAUCCCAUCGACCAUCAGCCGCCUCUCAGACCUCUCCUAUGUCUGGCUGGACAACAACACCAUCACCGUGCGUGCUCCUGUGCGUCUUCCCUCUCGUGCGUUGUGCCGUGCCGUGCCGUGCUGUCUUCUUGCCGUGCCAGUGUGUGUUCCUUUAAGACUUAGCGUGGAGGCCAACCGGUUAACAGGCAGCCUACCACAAGCCAUUGGUGGGCUCUCCAGCCUGCAAGGCCUUGACCUCUCCCACAACAGCAUCUCAGGCCCACUGCCGUCCACCAUGGGCAAUCUGAGGCUUCUUCGCUCCAUUUCUUUGCGCUCAAAAGCUGCUCGCACCAUAGUGUUCCUCUGCUGCCCGUUCAUGCACCACCCGCUUUGCAUGCUUCUCAUCCCAUCCUUUUCCCGCUCUGCUCCUCACUCCACCCCUGUGUGCCCCCCCGCCGUGCCUCCUCACUCCCCUCCUCACUCCCCUCCUCUCUCCCCUCCUCACUCCCCUCAUCCUCACUCCGCUCCUCACUCCCCUCCUCACUCCCCUCCCUCCUCACUCCCCUCCUCACCGUGUCGCAUCAGCUCCAUCCAGCGCAACGGGCUGCACGGCAGCAUGCCCUCCUUCCUCGCCGCCUUGCCACGCCUGCAGCACGUGUGA